AUGGACGAGGGCUUCCGCGCGAUGGGCGUGGGAGGCUCGCGCGAGGCGGACGAAGAUGGCGUCGACGACGAAACCGUUCAUCAUCGCGCCGCUCCCUCAAGCGGCGCGCUUCUUCGCGGCGAGUCCGCGGCGCCGACCGCGAGCUCCUUCGCCGCGUCCCGCCCGGCGUCCGUCCUCGCCGCGAACUGGUUCGAAUCCCCGGUGAGCCAGCAGGGGACGGUGACGAGGCUGAGCGACCGACCGCUCGUGUGCGCCGACGUCGACGCGCUCGGCGCCAAGGCGUACGUCGGAGGUGAGGUUUCCAUGACCGCCGCCGAGACUGCUUCCCGCACCGACCACGCCGUGUACGAAGUCGACGUGAAGACGUGUAAAAAGUUACGCACUCUGUACACGAAGACGCACGGGCACAAGGAGUGGGUCACAAAAGUGCGAUGUCUCCCGGACGGCCGCGUGUUAUCGUCCGGGAUGGACUCGCUGAUUUGUCUGUGGGACGCGCGAGGGACGAGGUGCAGCGCGUUGGAAGGGCACAACGGGUCAGGCGCGUUCUAUACACUGGUUCCCAUACGAUCGCGUUGGCGUGGUGGACGCCGAUCCUUAAGGACUUUUGCCGGCGUGUCUCUCCGCCUACCCCUCGCUUUCAAUCCCCGACCUCGAUGCCUUUCAACUCCGCUUCUGACGCCUUUCAACUCCACCCUGACGUCGCUUUGUAUGGAACGACCCUCAGUGUCCGACGUCGCCGUCGGCGCGAGCGGCCUCACCGCGGUCAGCGCGGGGUACGACAAGACGUUGAAACUGUGGAAUCUCGCGCCGAAAGGGUUCACCGCGCGGAGCGAUCGGUGCGUCGGGACGUUGCACGGGCACAAAGCGCCGGUGACGACGCUCGCGUGGGGCGAACGACGCGUAGCGAAGAACGCUGAGGAAAAAAAAGACCAAGACGACGCGUCCGGCGGCUUGGGCAGCGGCGACCGCGACGGCGUCGUCAUGCUCUGGGACGCGGGCUCCGGCGCCGCGGUCGGACGGCGAGGCGGGCACAGAGGGCACGUCACGUCGCUGGCGUGGAUAGACGGCGGCGGCGGCGGCGGCGGCGCGGUCCUACUCAGCGGCGGUCAAGACGGAAAAGUGCACGCGUGGGACCCUCGCGUCGGCGGGACGUCGCCCGUCGCGUCCGUCGCCGCGCACGUCCAGAAAGCCGGCGCCGGCGCGGUCGGCGACAUCGUUCAGACCGUCUCCGGGGCGGUCGUCACCGCGGGCGCGGACGGUCACGUCGCGGUGAUCGACCCGAGGGCCGGGUUCGCGGCGAGAGGGAAAGUCGCGUGCGGCGAUUUCGUCUACUCGCUCGCGGCGAUCGGGCCGCUGGCGUUGGCGGGGACGGGCUCGGGGGGGAUCCACGUCAUCGAUAUCGACGUAACGGACGAACCUAAGACGUUAUAUGGUCUCGGCGCGAACGAAGCCGCGGUGCGAUGCGUGCACGCGAGCGAGGACGGGCUGUUCGCGGCGGGGGACGACGGCACGUGCAUCUCUUACGCGUUUUGA